GUGUUGUGUUCCUCAUUGGAUUGCUGUGUAAAGUUGAUGACGGGCUUGUUCCGUCAUAGCAUCGCGUGUAUCGGUGAUGAGGGUGUGAUGCGGACAGGGGCUUCUGUGUGUGAUUUGCUGCCGGCGCCGGGCGGACAGGCCAUACUGUGUGCGCGGACUGUAGUUCACCUGUCGCUCGGCGUGUGCGGUUAUCUGCUGGUGACGUGUCCGUGGGGCCGUGUGACGGCACUAGGUGCGAAGUGCUGCUGAUGUUGGAGGUACACAGAUCGGCCGGAGGUUCUGCUCCCCUCCACAGCUCGCCUCCAGGAAAUGCCGUCCCUUUGCCUCCUCCUGCUGCUGCUGGGGCCCCUUAGUGCCUCCGUGGGGUCCUCAGAGAAGAUAAUCCAGCAGAUCAAUGCAGAAUUCAACGAGCCCUACACGUACUUUGUAAACAGUAACCUGCAGUGUAUCUACGCCUUUAACCAUACCAUGCUGAGGAACAAGACCGAAGGAGUCAGAGUGUCCGUUAACAUGCUUUCAGAUCCGAAGGGGCCACCUCUGCUGUUUGUGGUUAGACAGAAGGAGGCUGUGCUGUCCUUCCAAGUGCCGCUCACCCUACGGGGACUGUACCAGCGGAAUUAUCAGUACAAGGAUGUCGGUCGCACGCUGUGUCAGCCUCAGACACGGGCCGAGUCGGAAACCCAGUCCUUCUAUGUGGAUGUUUCCACUUUGUCAGAAAAGAAUGCUACGUACCGCUUGAGUGUCACACAUUUGGGCUCCUUCGUGCUGGGGACAGAGGAACGGUUCAGUUUUAAUGCCACCCCAUCUCAGCCACAGUAUUUUAAGUACAUGUUUCCAGAAGGGUUGGAUUCUGUGGUUGUAAAGGUUUCGUCUCCUACAGCGUUCCCGUGUUCGGUUAUCUCGAUACAGGAUAUCAAGUGCCCGGUGUAUGACCUCGACAACAAUGUGGCUUUUAUUGGCAUGUAUCAAACAAUGACCAAGAAAGGUGCAAUCACUGUGCAGAGGAAAGAUUUCUCCAGUGGUGGUUUCUACGUUGUGGUUGUCGUUAAAACUGAAGACGAGGCGUGCGGUGGUGGACUACCCUACUAUCCAUUGAACCCAGAUAUCCCUCUGGAUCAGGGGAGCCGUCAGAAGACGCUUGACAUUCUGGUCAGCCCUGCAAUUAGCAAGAACACCUAUGUCGGAGGAAUUAUUUUCUCUUUUGGCGUAUUCCUGUCCUUUUAUCUAUUGGCCUUGCUUAUUCCAUGCUGGGAAAAAUGGAGAAAGAGGAAAAAGAAGGCAGGCCUGCUGAAUUCCACUGGCUCCCUGGAUGAUGAGACGGCCUCGUUGCUUGGAAAGUCACCCAUAGGUCAGAAAUAUGAUGGCUGUGGAUAUGGAUCCUUGGCAGAAAACAGUUUAGCUGCAAGCCUCGAGGAUGGUACAGACAGCCUUGUGUCUUCGGGGGAGGCCACAUACAGUUACACAGAGCGCUCUUUGGAGAACCUUGUGGCUCGCCCACGCCGCGAGUCCCUCAGCUCUGUGGAGGAAGAUGAUUAUGAUACUCUGACGGACAUAGAGUCUGAUAAGAAUGUUAUCAGGACAAAGAAGUUUUUGUGUGUUGCUGACUUGGCAAGGAAGGACAAGCGAGUGAUGAGGAAGAAGUACCAAAUCUACUUCUGGAAUAUCUCCACCAUUGCGGUGUUUUACGCGCUUCCUGUUAUUCAGCUGGUCAUCACUUAUCAAACGGUUGUGAAUAUAACCGGUAAUCAGGACAUCUGCUAUUAUAACUUCCUCUGUGCUCACCCACUUGGAUCGCUCAGUGCCUUCAACAACAUACUUAGUAACUUGGGAUACGUACUACUCGGCCUGCUCUUUCUCAUUAUCGUGUUGCAGAGAGAACUCAACCAUACCCGCAGUCACAUGUAUACCAAGCAACUGGAGGAAUGUGGGAUACCCAAACAUUUUGGCUUGUACUAUGCCAUGGGUACUGCUCUGAUGAUGGAAGGCCUUCUAAGUGCCUGUUACCAUGUUUGCCCAAAUUACACUAACUUCCAGUUUGACACUUCAUUCAUGUAUAUGAUCGCUGGACUCUGCAUGCUGAAAUUGUAUCAGAAGAGACACCCAGAUAUUAAUGCCAGUGCGUACAGUGCCUACGCAUGCCUAGCCAUUGUCAUCUUCUUCUCCGUCCUUGGCGUGGUGUUUGGAAAGGGAAAUACCAUUUUUUGGAUCAUAUUCUCUGUGAUUCACAUCUUAUUCACCCUACUUCUCAGUACUCAGCUGUAUUACAUGGGUCGCUGGAGGCUAGACUCUGGAAUUCUGCGCCGGAUUCUUCAGGUUAUUUACACUGAUUGUGUGAGGCAGUGCAGCCCCCCUAUGUAUGUGGAUCGCAUGGUACUGCUUGUUAUGGGAAACAUUGUGAACUGGUCCUUGGCAGCGUAUGGCCUCAUUUUCAGACCCAAUGAUUUUGCCUCCUAUCUUCUCGCCAUUGGAAUCUGCAACUUGCUACUUUAUUUUGCCUUCUAUAUCAUAAUGAAGCUGCGCAGUGGAGAGCGAAUACUUCCAGUCCCUCUCCUUUGUAUUGCUUGCACCUCUGUGGUUUGGGGGUUUGCAUUGUUCUUCUUCUUUCAAGGACUCAGCACUUGGCAGAAAACUCCAGCGGAAUCUCGAGAGCAUAAUAGAGACUGCAUUUUGCUUGGAUUCUUCGAUGACCAUGACAUCUGGCAUUUCCUGUCCUCGAUUGCAAUGUUCGGGUCUUUUCUUGUUUUGCUUUGCUUAGAUGAUGAUCUGGAUUGUGUGCAGAGAGACAAGAUUUAUGUUUUCUGAAUCCUCAACAGUGGAUGAGACUUCUGGAAUCCUCUGCUUUUAUCAUGUCCGCAAGAUCAGGAGAUUUGUGGUAAAGCUUACAAUCAGGGACAUGGCAGCAGAAAUCAAAUGAACUUUGAAGAGGAGUCCUUGCGUUAUCCGUCCAGCCAGCCGUGUUCAGAAUUAACCAUUUCAUCGCGGGCGGCUUUUUAUUUUUUUUAAAUGAUCAAAGGCCAGUGGCAGCAGGAGAGAUAGAUGUGUACUGUAUGUGACUUACUGUGACAGCCCGCCAUUGUUGAUACUGGCUGUCCCCUCCAUCGGCCAGAUGGUGUCACUAUUACAUUGCCACAGGUGGUGAUUCUCCGUUAAGCUCUGUGGCAGUCUUGGGUGGUUGUGCAUCAGCGUGUGCACAAUGAAGUGAUCAGAUGGAUUCUCUACUGCUAAAGUAAAAAAGGAAAUUUGUAUUUUGAGAAAGCGGCUGUGGCACAGGUGAUUUUUACUGUUUACAAGGAGUUCCAGCGGCACAAUAAUCUGCACUAUUCAAAAGACACAGCUGAUGACUUUUACUAACUACUUCAUGCCAAAUACAUUACUGCCCAAUAAACGGGUUACCAUUAUGCAGAAGCACCUGUAACAUUUUUACUGUGUUGAAGACAUCUUUGCAACAAAUGGGCUGAAUAUUUACUCUAGCCAAUCGAUCUUGUGGAGGCCAUUGCCAGAGUGAUGCCCCUUGGGUGCUGUGCGUAUACCCAGGGCCUGUGUUAGUGCCCAAGCUCUUUAUAAGCGAACAUACCCACCACUAUCCUAUGUGCCAUCCUUCCAUCCAAAGCUAUACUGUUUGUUUUAAACUUGAUCUUCAUGUUUGCUGUUCGCUUUUUUAUAUUUGAGAUAAAAUCAGAAAAAUAUUUAAACAAAAA